AGGAUUUUAUCAGAUAUAGAUGAGAAGCUCCUAAACCAGAAACUCCUAUUUCCAAGGGCACCAAAGGAGAUGAGGUUUUUAGCCAGGCUGUCACAGGAACAGACGCUCCUAGCACGUGAAAGCCAGGAUCUGGGACACCCACAAGGACUGCUUGGCUGAGGGCAACAGGAUCAGGACCCUCCCUGCCGGGGAUGGACUGCGGACACUCGGCAGAGACCAGCGAGGAGAUUUCCAGCCCGGGGGCCGAGCCCGAUUCCCCUACCGGCAGCAGCACUUGCUGCCCGCCGCCGGCGGCCGGGCCGGGGGCCGGGGCUGCUCCCGCUCCCGUUCCCGCUGCCGGUGCCGCUCCGGGCCGCCCCGCCGCCGCCAACGCGGCCCGGGAGCGCAGCCGGGUGCAGACCCUGCGGCACGCCUUCCUCCAGCUGCAGAAAACCCUGCCCUCGGUGCCGCCCGACACCAAGCUCUCCAAGCUGGAUGUGCUCCUGCUGGCCACCACCUACAUCGCGCACCUCACCCGCAGCCUGCAGGAUGAGGAGGAGACACCGGGAGAGGGCCUGGGCACCCUGCGAGGGGAUGGAUACCUGCACCCUGUCAAGAAGUGGCCCAUGCGUUCCAGGCUGUACAUUGGAGCCACGGGACAGUUUCUGACUCACUCGGCACAAGGAGACAGCGCAAACCAUGGGGAAACAUCAACAUCUUCACAGAUCUAACCUCCCUUGAAAAAAAUGGUUAUUUAUUACACCUUAUAUAAAUAUAUAUUUAAGUUAAAAACAGUAUCUACAGACAAACUGUAAUUGCUGAAAUGC